CCUGGAAACUCCAUGGAAACGGCAGACUGGCGUGCUAGCUUAGCAAAAGAGAAAAGCAAAGCUGCCGCGACGCACUUGACCACAGACUAAAUUUCAUUAACUGCCCUGUGAAAUACUUUUUUUUUUUUUUUUACCAGACUGCCUUUCUCUCCACUAUGAUGAGUCGUACCCCCGAUGCAAGAGCUAGGGACAGUCAGACCAGACAGAUCCAGGAGAACGUCACCAAUGUGGAGAAACACUUUGGAGAAAUGUGCCAACUGUUUGCUGCCUAUGUCCGUAAAACAGCCAGGCUGCGGGACAAGGCAGACCUGCUGGUCAAGGAAAUCAACCUGUACGCAGACACGGAGACGCCAAACCUGAAGAUGGGCAUGAAGCAGUUUGCUGACCAGCUGGCCAAGAUUCAAGACUACCGUCAAGCCGAGGUGGAGAGGCUUGAAGCCAAAGUCAUUGAGCCUUUAAAAUGCUAUGGGGCUGUAGUGAAGCGUAAAAGGGAGGAUCUGAAGACCACUCAGAGUGCCAGAGACAAAGAGGCCAAACAGAUGGCUCAGCUUGAGAGGACCAGACAGAGAAACCCCUCGGACAGGCAGAUCAUAUCCCGGGCUGAAACUGAGCUCCAGAGAGCCACCAUGGAUGCCACGCGAACCACCAAGCAGCUGGAGGAGACCAUAGACGAGUUUGAAAAGCAAAAGAUCCAUGAUAUCAAGAAGAUCUUUGGUGAGUUUGUCACAGUGGAGAUGUCAUUCCACGCCAAGGCCUUGGAGGUGUACACCACCGCCUUCCAGAGCAUUCAAAGUGUGGACGAGGAGGAGAACCUGGAGGUUUUCAGGACUCUGCUGCACCCCCCUGACUUCCAGUCACGCUUGGAGAUAGUGCGAGCAAAUUCCAAAACCUCCCUUGAUCGGACCGGGUCCUCUCUGAGUACAUCAGGGACAUUACAGCAGCAAAGGAACAGCAGUCGGCAGAGAAGAAGGGAGGAAGAGGAGGAGAAUGAAGAUGAGUCUGAAGAGGAAGAAGAUGAUGAGGAUGAGGAUGUCACAGAUGAUGAAAACUAAACUCUUUUCCUUCUUUGUUUUUUGAUCUUAUUGAAUGAAAAGGACAAGUAUGGUGUCAUUGUUAAGAACGUGAAAUAGUGUAAUAACUGUUUUAUACUGUUGUCAUAAAGUGAGCGUCAACGCCAAAGUCACCUCAUAUGUGUGUUCUGAGCAGUAUUGUAGCUUACGUUGUUUGAGGGACCAUGUUUUACAGUAACUGCCUUUGAAACGCCAGCAAAUCGUUGUCUUAGCUGUACAGUAUUUUUAUAUUACACACAGUGCCAAAUGUGCUUUAUUUUUGGUUGUGUCAAAAAUAGCAGUGCAAUUUCUUGCACGAUGGCCACCUGUGUUUAUGAAUAAAGGCAUUCCAUGUAAUUUAAAGCAAAA